CCUAAUCUCACCACUGAGUGCUGACUGACAUCACCUCUGAGUGCUCAGAUAUCACCCCCUGACUUCACCGGUAACAUCACCCCUGAUAUCACCACUAAGUGCUCACUGACGUCAACCACCAACAAGUAAAGUAAUAAACAUGUCCCUUUCUCGAGGACUCAAGUAUGACUGACUUUACUGCUGAAAAGUAUCUGGUUGACACAGAACUGAAGUACAAAUGUGACGAUGGCCUCUUUGCUGGCCUUCAGGAUUACUUUUCUUACUCGUGUGUAAACGUCGCUGGAGUUAAGACGUGGAAAUCAGAUAACUGUUAUUGUCUCAAAUAUGACGGCACACCUACAAAUGAAGAGAUUAGAAAGAGUGUGGAAUGUGAAGUAUCAACAAAUGACACUAUACCAAAAGAUGGCUGUGCUUCUCCGCCAAUCGUAAUAAAUGCAAAACUAGAUUUGUCAGAAUCAGAAUUUCUAGUUGGACAAGAACUUCAUUACAGCUUUCUAUGUGAGGAUCAGGGCCAAAAUAGACGCCAUGGAGUACUUAAGUGUGAAGAUUCCAGUGCAGGCAUUCGCUGGGUUAAGUUAUCUGCUGGAUGUGCUAACAAAACCAAUAGAUUACAUGGUAAAACCAAUGGGUCACAUCAAGGUAACAAUUGUUCACACGGAGAAAGCAAUGCUUCACAUCAGAAAGCAGGUGUCUAUGCGCAUUAUAUCUGUGUUGGUGUGAUUACAGCUAUCAUGGUGAUAUUUGCGAUCUUCAAAAUAGCACAAUGGAGGAUAAAAUCUACUGGAAAUCCCAUGUCUGCAGCAAAAGACGAGGAGAUGAAUGCUGCCAAUGUUCCCCUAAACGAAAAGCAGUAGAGGCAAUUAGCUGUUUGAUCAUAUUUCCAUCUCAUCGUGUUUUUCUUCAGCUAUCGCCUUUUUUAAUGCCACGGAGAAGUGAAUAUUGAAUAUUUUAUUGGAUCUUAUUUCCGUAUCUGACUAUGAGUUCCAUAAGCUGCUAGUAGCAAUUUUAAUGCCAACAUCUCCUUUCCAAAUGACUCAAUACCUUUUUCACAAGUAUGUUUUUUCCCAUGUCAAUGUCAUUCUCUUCUCCUUCCUCAUCUAGUAGUUUCUAUAGAUAAAACAAUGGGGGCAAAUUAUCAUUCCCUGCACCAACGCAGUGUGGUGCACUAAAGUGCACAAAUGUUUUGUGAAAGCCCUGUCUCUUCACAAAAUAAGUACAAACCCCUACUUGGCACAAACACUUGUGAAAAAACAGAGCUGGCCUAAAACUAGAUAACGCUAUUCUGACACUGCACUGGUCCAGGGAAUGAUAAAUUCCCCUGAAUAUUAUUUUACUAUAUUACACCUUUGUGAUACUGGCAUGACAUGCUGAGGUAGUACAAGGCUUUUUAUACAGUACCUGUGACCAAUUUGUUGUUCAGUCUAACUACUGUAUACCCUUUUUAUUUAGUAUUGUUAUAACCUCAUAAAAAU